AGCAUCUCUCCCCUUUUCCUUCCUAUCAGAAGUCAUGCCCCCCUGAGCCCUAAAAUUUCGCCCACCACAGAAUGGCAGUGACUCCACAGCCCAACUCCACCUUCCUACAUCCAACCUUUGUCAUACUGACUGGCAUUCCAGGGCUAGCAGGUGCCCAGAGCUGGCUGACAAUGGUUUUUGGGCCCAUGUUUCUGCUGGCCCUGCUGGGCAAUGGAGCACUGUUGGCAGUUUUGCAGAUAGACCCUAUGCUGCACCAGCCCAUGUUUCUACUUCUGGCCACACUGGCAGUCACAGACCUGGGUUUAAGCACAUCAAAAGCUCCAGGUUUGCUGGCUGUGCUGUGGCUUGGACCCCAGCCCGUGUCCCAUGCUGUCUUAGUCCAGAUGUUCAUUGUACAUGCACUGACUGCCAUGGAAUCGGGUGUGCUUCUGGCCAUGGCCUGUGAACGAGCUGUGGCAGUGGGGCGUCCACUGCACUACCCUAUCCUAAUCACCAAAGCCCGCGUGGGUUAUGCAGCCCUGGCAUUGGCACUGAAAGCUGUGGCUAUUGUUGUGCCCUUCCCUCUGCUGGUGGCACGAUUUGAGCACUUCCGAGCCAGGACCACAGGCCAUGCCUACUGUGCACACAUGGCGGUGGUAAAAUUGGGGGUGGGUAACACAAGGGCUAACAACUUAUAUGGGCUGGUGCUUUCACUGGCCGUGUCAGGUAUUGAUAAACUAGGUAUGACUGGCUCCUAUGGGCUCAUUGCCCAUGCUGUGCUCCGGCGGCCUACCUGGGAAGCCCAUGCCAAGGCCUUUGGUACGUGUAGCUCUCACAUCUGUGUCAUUUUGGCCUUCUAUGUGCCUGGUCUUUUCUCCUACCUCACACACCGCUUUGGUCACCACCCUAUCCCAAAACCUGUGCACAUCCUUCUCUCCAACAUCUACUUGCUGCUGCCACCAGCCCUCAACCCCCUCAUCUAUGGGGCCCGCACCAAGCAGAUUAGGGACCGACUCCUGGAAACCUUAACAUUCAAAAAAAUCCAGUUUUAAUGGACGAUGGUAACAAUGGAGCCUGGGGUGGAAGUGUGGAGGCACUCAGAGGAGAGUCUGGGUCUGGGGGUG